AUGGAACAAAGUGAAGGUGAACAGGAGUCUCAGCCAGAGAGUCAUGUGGAUAGCAAAAGCAGUGUGAAAUCUUUGCCUGGGGGAGCAGCUCAUGUCAAACUAGAGAUAAAAAAACAUGCAGUUACUGAUGACUACAAACUCUCCAAACGGGUGCUAGGGUUAGGAAUCAAUGGCAAAGUACUGGAGUGUUUCAACAAGGAGACAGGCCAGAAAUGUGCUUUGAAGCUCCUGUAUGACAACCCAAAAGCCCGUCAGGAAGUAGAAUAUCAUUGGAGAGCUUCAGGGUGUCCCCACAUCGUCCAUAUCCUGGAUGUUUAUGAGAAUAUACAUCAUGGAAAGAGAUGCCUCCUCAUUGUCAUGGAAUGCAUGGAAGGAGGAGAGCUGUUUAGCAGGAUCCAGGAGAGAGGAGAUCAAGCUUUCACUGAGAGAGAGGCCUCUGAGAUAAUGAGAGACAUCGGAACAGCCAUCCAGUAUCUGCAUUCAAUGAACAUUGCCCACAGAGAUGUCAAGCCUGAAAACCUGCUUUACACGUCUAAAGAGAAGGAUACUGUGCUCAAACUCACAGACUUCGGCUUUGCCAAAGAAACCACUGUACAAAAUGCACUGCAGACCCCCUGUUACACUCCUUAUUAUGUGGCACCAGAAGUCCUUGGUCCUGAGAAGUAUGACAAGUCAUGUGACAUGUGGUCAUUGGGUGUUAUCACAUAUAUUCUCCUGUGUGGGUUCCCACCAUUCUACUCAAACACUGGUCAAGCCAUUUCUCCAGGGAUGAAGAGAAGAAUUCGGAUGGGGCAAUAUGGGUUUCCCAAUCCAGAGUGGGCUGAAGUAUCGGAGGAAGCCAAACAACUGAUUCGCCACCUCCUGAAGACUGACCCAACAGAGAGGAUGACAGUUUCACAGUUUAUGAAUCAUCCUUGGAUUAAUAGAUCAAUGGCAGUGCCACCAACUCCUCUUCAUACUGCACGGGUCCUGCAAGAGGAUAAAGACCAUUGGGAUGAAGUUAAAGAGGAGAUGACCAGCGCUUUGGCUACCAUGAGGGUGGACUAUGAUCAGGUGAAAAUUAAAGACUUGAAAACAUCCAACAACCGCCUCCUGAACAAACGCCGUAAGAAGCAAAAGCAGGCAGGCACUUCUUCUGCAGCCCCAGGGUGCAAUAACCAAUGAGAAGAGAAGCCAAGGACCUGUGGGUGGAGGGUAAAAGUUAAAAGGAGCAACUUAAAAUCAGUAUGAUCAACUCAGUCGGUACCACAAAGGCAAUGAGGCCAGCCUGCAAAGAGGGAGCAGUGUGAAAGAUUGCGUUUUUUAACUUGAAUCAGAGCUUUGCUUUUAAAGGCUAAUUUAUAUGACAUGGUUCUGUUGUGUAUUGCUAGGGA